AUGUAUCUACCAGGUUACGGUCCGAAGAGUCCAAUGUCAACAACAGCUGUAAUCGAGUAUAGGUCAAGGAACAUAAACAAAGACUUGGGAAACACGGAGGCGAGGGCCACAAAUGAUGAAUCAGUUGAGCCUAACGGCAACAAGACUGUCAAGACAGUCUCUGUAGACAUACAGCUGGCUGAGCUGAAGAGCAUGGUGGAAAAAUUGUGCAACUCAAAUAUAACUUCAACAAAGGCACUGUAUGAAAGUUUAACAGAGAACAGAAACCAGUUGAAACUAAAUGCUGAGGCGAGAGCACAAGAUACAAAGGAAGUACAGGAGCUGUUGAGUGCCCUGGACAAAAAGCACAACGAUAAAAUAGAAGAAGUAAAGAGAACUUUCAAUGAAUAUCGCAAUAAUGUCGAAUCAUCAAUUAAGCACAAGGGGCCAAGGUGUUUUGCCUGUCAGGCGUAUGGGCACAAAGGACCAGACUGUCCCAAUAAAGGGAAAGGAUACUUGUGCUACAAGUGCAAUCAAUUUGGGAAUCACAAGGCGAGAGAUUGCCCAAACAUAACUAACAAUGACAAUGCACCAAGUGGUCCGGGAUACUCUAAACAGACUCCAAGGUACAAUUCCAAUUUUAAAUUUAACUAUCGAAACAAUUAUCAAGAUCAAUAUAGAGGUAAUGGUAGAGGAAUGAAAAGACCAAUGAGAGGUGAAACAUAUGGUCCAAUUCAAAGAGGAAGAUUCAAUAAGAGGAGGUUCUCCUAUAAGAGAAGAUUUCUCAGUGAAGGUAAAAAGUCACCAUUCAGUACUCCAGCAGUUCGGAGUGAGCCCAGGGAUCACAUUGGCGACUGCUUUUUUCCACCCUCUGUCGUUCUACCAAUGCUGAUCACAAGUAGCAGUGUAACUGCCGACGAAUCCCCGGUGGAAGUGAAUGUAGAGCAGGACCCAGAAGAGCCAGUGAAGAAUGAACUUGAUGAAGAGUAUGAGCCUGUGCCGAAUGUGUCCGCCUCUAACGCACCGAGUCCGUUCAACCCAGAUGAACUAGAUGACCUGAUUAAAGACUUGAAGCUCAGCAAAGAGGAGGCAGAUACUAGCACAUACUAG